GACUACAUGUAUAUAAAUCAUCAUCUUCAUUCUCAUCUCUCUCUUUAUUCUCUUACCAAAAAGCACAACAAAGAAAACUAAAAAGAGAUAGAGAUGACUUCCACACUUCAACACCACCGUAUCAACCACCAUAACACCACCACCACACUCCCCGGAAACUUCCACAAACAACAACAUAAUAUCUCUGUCCCCAACAACAACAACAACAACCAAUGUUAUUCCACCAUAGUACAAUCCAUAUCCGCCUCCAUCGAUACCGUGUGGUCCAUUAUCCGCCGAUUCGACACCCCGCAAACCUACAAACAGUUCCUCAAAAGCUGCCACGUCAUCGUCGGGGACGGAAAAGACCCCGGUUCCCUGAGGGAAGUUCAUGUCAUUUCCGGUCUCCCAGCGGCUUCGAGCAUCGAAAGGCUAGAAAUUCUAGACGAUGAGAAGCAUGUUAUGAGUAUUAGUAUUGUCGGUGGGGAGCACCGGUUGAGUAAUUAUCGGUCGGUGACGACGCUUCAUCGGACGGUGGAGGAGGAUGGAGGUGACGGUGAAGGGACGGUGGCUGUGGAAUCUUACGUUGUGGAUGUACCACAUGGGAAUACUAAGGAAGAUACGUGUGUGUUUGUUGAUACUAUUGUACGUUGCAAUUUGCAAUCUUUAGCGCAAAUAGCGGAGAAUUUGGAGAAAACUAAGUAUACAACGACAACAAGUAAUGCCCGUACUUUUACCAGUAAGGGCUGAGGAGGGUAGGUUAUACGCAGAUCUUAUCCCUACUUUUUGGGUAAGGAAGCUGUUUAUACUCUCUCACAUGUCAAAAGAAGUAAUCAAUGGACGAUUAAAAGGCUACGAGAAUCGAGAGGCUCGAAAUUCUAGACGACGAGAAGCAUGUCAUGAGCAUUAGUAUAGUAGGUGGGGACCACCGGUUGAAUAAUUACCGGUCGGUGACGACGCUUCAUCUGGCGGUGGCGGUGGAGUCUUGCGCUAUGGAUGUACCACAUGGGAAU